AUGACACGAGAUAUCAACCAUCUAAUUAUUGUUCCAUGCCAUGGGAUCUACAAACUAGGUCAGCCACAGGCUAAACAAGAGUCAUGGUACUUGGCAGAUUUCCAGCUCGACGGAAACGAUCACCUUUGUUUUUUGGAACAUCUAGAACAGGCAUUGGGAGAAUUGAAAAAAGACCCACAAUCAUACUUGAUUAUAUCGGGUGGGGAAACGAAAAAAGAGGCAGGCCCAACAUCAGAAGCCUUUUCCUAUUACGCACUUAUUGAUCAAGUUGUGAAAAAUGAAGUGGGCGUAGAUAGAGUAACCACGGAAAAUUAUGCCCGCGAUUCAUUUGAAAAUGUCAUUUUCCUGAUUUGUCGUUUUUACGAAGUAUGGAAAAAGUAUCCGGAACAGAUAACCAUUAUUGGGUUUGAAUUCAAACGUGAUAGGUUUUUAGACUUGCAUUUGUCACAAGCACUCAAGUUUCCCCAAGAUCGAGUCAACUAUAUCGGAAAUAGUCCGCAUCCCAUUUAUCCAGCUGAAGCAGAGAAAGAGGCGUACUUCAAGGAUUUACAGUCGAGUGAGUAUAAAAAUGCAGUUCAACAAUUCAAGAAGGAUUGGUAUGGGGUGCAGCAAAACUUGAAAACCAAAAGGAAGAAGAGAAACCCGUUCUCGAGGCUUAAUGGCUACGCGUUGAGUAACCCUCUUAUCUCGGACUUUUUGCUUCAACUUGGGGACGAUCAAGAGCCCAAAAGUAACGUGGAAAUCAAGGAGUUAUUAAGACCCGCUCCAUGGUUUAGUUGA